UGAUGGAGCUAGUGUUUUCCACGGACAACGUACCUGAUGUAAACAUCCGGUGUCCACUACGUCAGAGACGCCAACAUGGCGAGCAGGAGAAGUAAUGCGAAGACCGGGGAACAUUCUGACAAAUAUUCUGUUCUGCUGCCAACCUACAACGAGAGAGAAAACCUCCCAUUGAUUGUGUGGUUGCUGGCGAAGUACUUUGGCGAGAGUGGAUACAACUACGAGAUCAUAGUGAUUGAUGAUGGCAGUCCAGACGGAACGCUGCAGAUCGCCGAGCAGCUGCAGAAGAUCUACGGCGCUGACAAGAUUCUCCUGAGACCGCGAGCAAAAAAACUGGGAUUAGGAACGGCUUACAUCCACGGCAUUAAACACGCGUCAGGAAACUUCGUUAUCAUUAUGGAUGCAGAUCUCUCACAUCAUCCAAAGUUUAUCGCACAGUUCAUUGAAAAACAGAAAGAAGGUGGAUAUGACCUGGUGUCUGGAACAAGGUACAGAGGAGACGGUGGUGUAUAUGGAUGGGAUCUGCGCCGGAAACUGAUCAGUCGAGGUGCAAACUUUGUAACACAAGUGCUGCUCAGACCAGGAGCAUCUGAUCUCACGGGGAGUUUUAGGCUCUAUAAGAAAGAGGUUCUUGAAAAAUUAGUAGAGCAGUGUGUGUCAAAAGGCUAUGUGUUCCAGAUGGAGAUGAUUGUCCGUGCUAGACAACUGGGCUAUACUGUUGGAGAGGUUCCUAUUUCAUUUGUGGACCGUGUUUAUGGGGAGUCCAAAUUGGGUGGAAAUGAAAUUGUCUCCUUCCUGAAAGGAUUGCUCACUCUUUUUGCCACUACAUGACAUUUGACCUCAUUUGGUUGUGUUUAGUUUUGUGAUAUAUGGUCAGCACUUAUCACUGCAGUCGAACUGGAAUUCAUGCUUUCCAAGUAACAAGUUCAUUACAAUUGUCCCAUAUCAGUUAUUUGUCCCAUAUCAGGUUACAGUAGUGUUUGGAUUGCUUGGAUUUACCACUUUCCAUCUUCCAUUUAGUUUGGUUAAUUACUAGACUAUAUGUUGAAAUGUACAUUAAAAUGUUUUUAAAAAUCUACAUUUUAAUAAAAAGGACCAAAUUGACAGAUUUUUUUUAAUAACAAAAAACUCUUAAAAAAUAAAGGGGGUUCCAAAGGGGGAUUUCAUAACCAUAGCAUAGAACCAUUCUUGGUUCCCCAAAGAACCUUUAGUGAAGUUCUC